AUGACGAUUACCAAGUUUGUAUCCGAGCACCCCCAAACAGACCCAAAGUGGUGGAAAGAAGCAAUUGUUUACCAGGUUUACCCUGCUAGUUUCAAAGACUCUAACCAUGAUGGAUGGGGUGAUAUCAAAGGUAUUGAUUCGAAGCUGGAGUACAUUAAAGAACUUGGAGCUAACGCGAUUUGGAUCUGCCCAUUCUAUGAUUCUCCACAAGAGGAUAUGGGUUAUGAUAUUUCAGAUUACGAAAAGGUUUGGCCACGCUACGGUACGAAUGAAGAUAUCUUCAAUUUGAUCGACAGAGCACACGGUUUGGGAAUCAAAAUCAUUGUGGAUCUUGUUAUCAAUCACUGCUCUUCUGAACACGCUUGGUUCAAAGAAGCUCGGUCGAGCUUGGAUAACCCCAAACGUGAUUGGUUUAUCUGGAAAGCACCAAAGGGAUUCGACUCCAAUGGCAAACCAAUUCCUCCCAAUAACUGGAGAUCUUUCUUUGGUGGUUCUGCCUGGGAGUACGAUGAACAUACCGGCCAAUUCUACCUGCGUUUAUUUGCGAAAGGUCAACCAGAUUUCAAUUGGGAGAAUGAAGUGACUCGUAAUGCCAUUUACGAAAGUGCUGUAGGAUUCUGGUUAGACCAUGGUGUCGAUGGUUUCAGAAUCGAUACAGCUGGUCUAUACUCCAAGCAACCAGGGUUCCCUGAUGUGCCAAUAAUCAACCCUGGUUUGGACUUCCAGCAUCCUGACCCAGCUAUUUUGAAUGGUCCAAGGAUUCAUGAAUUCCACAAGGAGAUGAACAAAUUUAUGAGAGAGCGUGUUAAAGAUGGCAGAGAGUUGUUAACGGUGGGUGAGAUUCCUUGUGGGACUCAUGACGUGUGCAAGGCGUACACCAGUGCAAAAGAGCAAGAAAUUACUCAACUAUUCGAAUUUGAGCACGUGUCUGUGGGUAGGAAGCCGGGAAAUGUUGGUGUAGUUAACUUUAAACUGUCAGAAUUCAAGGAUGGUAUUGCGGCAGCAUUCCAGUUCAUUGAUAAGACAGACUCUUGGUCCACUGUCUACAUUGAAAACCAUGACCAGCCACGUUCUGUGACAAGAUUCGGGGAUGACAGCCCAGAGUACCGAGAAAUAUCAGCAAAAUUGCUGGCUCUGUUGGAAACAAGUUUGACAGGCACUCUGUACGUAUACCAAGGCCAGGAAUUAGGUAUGAUUAACUUCAGAGACUGGCCAAUUGAGAAAUAUGAAGAUGUCGAAGUGAAAGGUAUGUACAAGAUGAUGGUUGAUCAAUUCGGUGCGGACUCUGAUCAAGUCAAAGAUUACGUUAAUGGUUUGCAGUUGAUUUCUAGAGACCAUGCGAGGACUCCAUUCCCAUGGACAUCCGAGGCUCCAUAUGCUGGAUUCACAGACGGCAAGGAACCAUGGUUCCCUUUAACUGAGACUUUCCAAGAAGGUAUCAACGCCGAAGAUGAGCUGAAAGACCCAAAGUCUGUUUUCAAUUUUUGGAAGACGGCUAUUGAAGUCAGAAAGACACACAAGGAUGUAUUGAAUUAUGGAUAUGACUUCACCUUUGUUGACCAUGCUAACGAGAAACUCUUUGCUUUCACUAAGAAGUACGGAGAGAAGGUAUUGUAUGUGGUGUUGAACUUCAGCAAAGAAGAGAUUGAGUUCAGCUUCUUGGAAGGUUACAACUCUUAUGACUACAUUUUCGGUAAUUAUCCAGAGGCCGAAAUCGACACUGGAUCUAACAAGUUACAGCCAUGGGAAGGUAGAUUUUACUAUGCCAAUUGA